GGUUAUUUCGUGACCGAGUGAACCCUGGAGGGGGUGCCGUAGAUGGAGUUCUUCAGUCUGCUGCUGCUAUGGAUUUCGGUAACCCUCCCCCUCUUCUUCCUCCUCACAGUAGUAGCAGGACACAGAUCCCACUCCCAAGGCCUGCUUCCACCGGGACCCAGGCCGCUCCCCGUCGUAGGGAGCCUACUCCAGCUUGGCAACAAGCCGCAUCAAUCCUUGGCCCGGCUCGCAAAGACGUAUGGUCCUCUCAUGUCCCUCCGCCUUGGCCAAGUAACCACUAUAGUCGUCUCCUCCCCGGAGAUUGCUAGAGAGGUGCUUCAGAAGAAGGACGCGGCCUUCUCCAGCCGUUCGAUUCCUGACGCCGUCCGUGCCCUCGGCCAUGCCGAUAUCUCCAUCCCAUGGCUGCCGCCAGCCAAGCAGUGGCGGAGCCUCCGCAGGAUUUGCAACACGGAGCUCUUCAAUUCCCAAACACUAGACGCCCACCAGUCCCUCCGGCGCCAAAAAGUACAAGAACUGCUAUCUUAUAUAUCCGACCGUUCCCUGAAGGGUUUGCCGGUGGAUAUCGGGCGAGUGGCGUUCACAACGUCGCUCAAUCUGCUGUCUCGCACCAUUUUCUCUGUUGACCUCAUCGAUCUAUACUCCGAGUCCUCUCAAGAAUUCAAGGGCGUGGUGCUGGAGAUCAUGAAGGAAGCUGGGGGCUCUAACCUCUCAGAUUUCUUCCCACGGCUCGCCCCAGUUGACCCACAAGGCAGGCGCCGCCGCCUGGCGGCUCUUUUCAAAAAGAUGGAGGAUAUUUUUGACGAACAGAUCGACCGGCGACUGCAGAGCAAAGAAGAACACCAAGCAAGCAAGGACUUCUUGGAGGUACUCCUCCAUCGCCAAGUGCAGCAAGAUAGCUUCAAGAUCGACCGACAAGUCAUGAAAGCAUUAUUUGUGGACCUAUUUGCCGCUGGUAGCGACACGAGCUCGAGCACAGUGGAGUGGGCCAUGACGGAGCUGCUGAGAAGCCCCCGGUGCAUGGCGAAGGCUCGCGACGAGGUUGCGAGAGUGAUUGGCCGGGAGAAGGAGGUGGAAGAGUCGGACAUUGGCCAGCUCCCCUACCUCCAAGCCGUGGUCAAGGAGACCUUUCGACUACACCCGCCGGUGCCAUUCCUGCUGCCCCGGAAGUCAGAAUCAACGGUGGAGCUGCAUGGGUACACCGUGCCGGCGGGCACGCGCGUCCUGGUGAACGUGUGGGCCUUCGGCCGGGACGGGGAGGUAUGGCCGGAACCAAAUGAGUUCAAACCCGAGAGGUUCUUGGAGAGGGAAGUGGACUUCCGGGGCCGAGACAUGGAGCUGAUUCCCUUCGGCGCAGGACGUCGGAUUUGCCCAGGAUUGCCGCUGGCUUUCCGGAUCGUGCAUUCGAUGCUGGCUUCGUUGCUCCAAAAGUUUGACUGGAAGCUGCCCGAUGGGAUGGGGCCGAGGGACGUCGAUAUGACGGAGAACUUCGGCAUCACUUUGGCCAAGGCCGUCCCUCUCCGGGCCAUUGCAGUCUCCAUCGCCUGAUGGGAAAGGGGAAGUUCAUGGAACGAGGGCGAUCCCAGAAUUCGACCGGUUCAGAGUAUGUUUGAUCACCUGAGGAGACUUCCUGUGGGGUAAUUAAUUAUCAGGCUUCAUUUUGUCGUCGACCAAAACCCACAAAAAGUAUGCUGUGAGAACCAUGUUCACCAAAACAUUGUAAUAGUUUUCAACUACUAUCUAUUUUUACCAUUACUUUUGCUCAAAAAUAUUUUUAUUCCUGGAUCUUGUUAUUAAUUA